AUGGACGCAGGCUGGGAAGAACUCGAGCGCAUGGCGCAGGCUGCUGACGCCGCGGAUGCACAUCUUGCAUCACACCAUCCGACCAAAGACACAAUCGAGCGGUGGAAAGAUCUCUUCGGUUAUUCUCACAUGGAAGCCGUUCAACUCAUUGGGAAUCAGCGAGGUGAUGUUACUCGAGAGCGCAUCACUGACGAGCAUUGGGAACUUAUCAAAGACGAUAAGCAAGCCAUAGGAUACGACCGCGAAGCAUACGAACACAGCCUUCAACUCACCAAGGUUUUCAAGAGUCAGAGCGCCUCGAUCCCCACGACUGGGGCAGAUGGCGAAUUGAUGCUACUGUUUCGUCUCGGUGGCCUGCUUGACACGCCAGAGAAAGUGAAGGAUAUUACCGGCUUGGACGAGUUACCAAUGGUCAAGGAAGGGACGAGUGAGAUGGGGGUUGUCAAGUUCUGCGCCGUGGAUAAGGAAGCCCAGAAGAAGUUGGAGGACUGGCUGACACAGCAUGCCGUACUGCAUAAGUGA